CUCUACACAGAGAUCUACAGCACUGAGAUACAGCCAUGACUCCUGCAGUCACUUCAGCAAUGACCAUCUCAAAGGAGCACCUACCUCUGAGCAACAAGUUGAGAAAGCCAGUGGUGGAGAAGAUGCGCAGAGAUCGUAUCAACAGCAGCAUUGAGCAGCUCAAGACUCUCCUGGCUCCAGAGUUCCUCAACCAGCAGCCCGACUCCAAGCUGGAGAAAGCAGACAUCCUGGAGAUGACAGUCAGCUUCCUGAGACAACAGCAGCAGCAACAGCCUGCUUUCUCCACCAGUUCAACAGCUGUCAGUCAAGGCUUCUCCAGAUGUGUCCAUGAGAUUGUGAACUUCCUGUCCAAAGAUGAGGUGAAGACAAAGUCUCAGAGAAAACUGCUGAACCACUUCCAGAACCUGCAGCCAUCAACAGACGAGGGCAACAGAAAAACUGCCCUGCCGCAAACUAUGUGCUCAGAUCAGCAGACCAUCAGCAAAAAGGAGAAUCCAGUCAAGAGCAGCCUCUGGAGGCCCUGGUAGUCCUACAGGCUGGACCUUAUCUCUGUUGAACACUGUUGACCACAUUGGUCUCAUGUGAAAGUUGCUAAUUAUGAAUUGUUUUUUUUUUCUGUUGGGUAAAAUUUACUCAUGUCCAAGACUUAACUUAUGAUAAGUUGUUCUGAUCCAUUAUGUGCUUCACAUUGUUUCUACCACAAAUGCAAGAAACGUAAUGCCUGUUUUGUAAAAAACAUUCUCACUUCUUCCAAGAAGAAAUUAACAUUUACCUUUCAUAAAGGCUUGUGUUUGACUAUUAAUGUCAUACUGACAUUCUGAUGCCUGUUUCACUUUAUAGUGAAUAAUAUUGCGUCCUUCUGUGAAGGCAUUGAGUGUUUUAGUGAUGAAACAAAAAAAUAUUCAUUGAAUGUAUUUUAAUCAUGACAUGGCGAAAUAAAACAAUCAAUGAAA